GUCAAAUUUGUUGGUUAGAACAUUUGCGCAAGAAAUAAUGCUAAUUCGUUUCAAAUUUAAAUAUUGUUGUAAUCUAUACAGACAUUUCCAUAAACAAUCAGCACAAAAUUUAACUCGUGCAAAAAUAAAAAACACUUCUAUAAUGACUGAUGUUCGGUGCCGGGAUGAUCCAGUUGUUAUAAAACUGGAUUCUCCAGAGUUUAAAUCUAUAUUUACACCCGAAUUAGAAGCUUUAUCUUCGUUAUUUAAAAAAUACAAAUAUGACAUCAGAAUUGCUGGUGGUGCCGUUAGGGAUUUACUAAUGGGGAAAAAACCAAUAGACUUAGAUUUUGCUACUACUGCGACUCCAACACAAAUGAAAGAUAUGUUCACUACAGAAAAUAUAAGAAUGAUAAAUAUGAACGGUGAGAAACAUGGUACGAUAACACCUAGAAUUAAUGAUAAAGAAAAUUUUGAAGUGACCACUUUGAGGAUAGAUAGAGUCACAGAUGGACGGCAUGCUGAAGUAGAAUUUACAACUGAUUGGAAAUUAGAUGCUAAUAGACGAGAUUUGACUAUCAAUUCUAUGUUUUUAGACUUUGAUGGAGUUGUAUACGAUUAUUUUUAUGGAUAUGAUGACUUAAAACAGAAGAGAGUAGCGUUUGUUGGAAGUCCAGAGACAAGGAUUAAAGAAGAUUACUUGAGAAUACUGCGUUAUUUUAGAUUUUAUGGAAGAAUAAGUGAUAGACCUGAUGCACACGAACCAUCUGUAUUGCAAUGUAUAGGAGAGAAUGGUGCAGGUUUAGAACGAAUAUCAGGUGAACGUAUUUGGGUAGCUGAAAAGAUAUUAGAAGGUCCUAUGGGUUUUGAAUUGGCAAAAACUAUGCUUUCUGUAGGCUUAGCUACAUAUAUAGGUUUACCAGCAAAAUAUAAUUUAGAAGAAUUCACAAGAGUAUGUGAGGCUGAUAGAAGUAGGUCAAAAGAUAAACGUAUUCGUGCUAUAGGACUACUUGUAGGGCUUUUGCAUGAUCAAACAGAAAUGAUGAACUUGCACAAUCGUUUAAAAUUAUCAGCUUUUGAAAGAGAUUUAGGACUUUUUAUAAUAGCAAAUAGAGAAGAAAUACCUAGCACUAAUCCUAUUUUUUUGUAUCAAAUGCUGAUAAUCAAUAGUCCAAAGAAGUAUUUAGAAUCCAAAGCUAUGGUUUUAGAAUUACUUAAAUACCAAAAUAAAAAUGAAAUUUAUAAUGCAAUUGAAAAGUGGGAACUUCCCAAGUUUCCGGUUAAUGGGAAUGAUUUAAGGCAGCACGGUUUGGUUGCUGGAAAAUAUAUGGGAAAUGUUUUAAAUGCCCUGAAGAAGACUUGGGCUGAAAAUGAUUUUAAAAUGACGAGAGAAGAAUUAUUGAAGUUGGUUCCGGGCGUACUUAGUGAAUUAGGAUUUGAAGCGCCACCAAAGAAAUAAAGAAAUUAUAAAGGUAUUUUACUUUUAUAUAAUAAAAU